GUGGAAAACUUGGAUGCCCAGGUAACUGAAGAACAUAGAUAUAGAGGAAUACAAUGUAAAUCUUCGGGAGCAAUGGAUAAAGAAGAAUACAACCAAUUGAGCACUCAGGAUGUGAGAAAAGAUGAUGAACAAAGUCAGUGUUCCAAAACGAAACCUGAUAACAUCAAGGAAGUUAUUUCAGGCGAUACAACAGAAGUAUCCAAAGAAACUGAUGUAAAACAUGCACCUCUUGAAAGUACUAUGGAAGAAAAAGAUGAAUUUACCAUUGAACAGGAAAUGUCUGAAAAAGAAAAACAUGGUCUAGAAUCAAAUGAAAAUUCUCCAGAGGAAAAUCAGCCUGUAAUAGUGAAACGGAAAAGGGGAAGGCCCCGUAAAUACCCUCUUGAAGCUGUACAGCCUGGUGGUACAGACAUAUCUGAUAAGAAAGAAACAACAAAUGAAGAUGAAGCUGAGAAAGCAGAAAUGAUUGUGCGUAAAAGGGGGAGAAAGCCCAGGCGUUCUCUGGCUCAAUCAGAGGAAACUGAAACACUGGAGCCAGAAAGAAAACGUCGGAAAUUGACAUCUUCUGAAGAUGAACUAAAAGAGCAGGAGGAAGGUGAGGAAGAGGAUGAUGAGGAAGAUGAUGAAGCACAUUCCGGGGCCACAACUAGAUCAGCCACAAGAUUAGAGGCUCAAAGAAAGCAGCCCAGCAAGCCAACCACACGUGCGACUUCUAAAGGCGGCAGUCCAAGUUCAGUUUCUCCUAGAAAACAACAGAACCUAGCAGCAAAAAAAAGAUCUCCAAGUGAUACAAAAAUUAAUAAAUCUCCUCCGUUGACACAGUUAAAGGUGCAGUCUACCAAGCGCAAAAGAGAAGACAGCCCAACAGUGGUACGAAGAAAAGGCCAGCAGAAAACAGAGGAGACACCACUAAAGAAAGCAAAACGAUAAUCUUUACCAGAUAGUACUGUUCACGAAAGAGUCAAAAGACAAAAACCAUCUGUGCUUCUAUUUUUUUUUUAAAGCAAAGGGAUUUGCACGUGCUUGUUUCAGAGCUCUAAGUUAAUCAAUGCAGUACUUUUAAGUUACAUUUUAAACAGCUUUAUAAACUAUUGUUUAUACAGAAUAUUAUGUACAUUUAUUUCAGAUGAAAAAUAAGUUUACUUUGUAUCUGAAUGAAAACAAAGUAGUUAUAUAUUUUAUCACUGACUUGGAAAGUUGGGGUUUCCCAAUGUGACGUGCUAAUGCAGAUGCUUCCAACCAUGAGGCACCCCUGGGCCUACUAAUACACUUUGUAUAUAAACUUGUAAAAAUAGGUUGUAUUUUACUCUGCGUAUGAAUCUAAUCAACAAUGGACAUUUUAUUUAUUAUAUGGAAAGCAUUGGUCUGUAAACUUUAGUAUAUACCGUAGGUUUUUUUAAUUAUAUAUUUUACAUUCUAUGCAGAUGUCAGUAGGAAACUUCCCCUCUGCUCCUCCAGGGCUGCUAAAACCUGAAGUUCUCUAAAAUAUGCCCAGUUG